CUUACAUUCUCCCUGGCAUUCCACUCCACCUUUAUUUAUCCCUCAUUUCCCCCUCUUUCCCGCACCUCGAGCCAGCUAAGUGACUACGAUUAUGCCAAUAUUAUGACAUUAUGAUGUGGCGUCUAUGUCUUCUUCUUCUCAUCCUCCAAGAUGCUACUACUCAUGCAGCAAAUCCCCUAGUGAUGAAAUGGUCAUCACAGGCAUACGGCCCAGACGGUCCAUGGCAAGCUGUGACGAUAGCAGUGGGCAGCAAUAGACAGCCAAUCGAUCUUUAUCCCGGCGCCAAUGGGGCCACCACGAUCUUCGUCGACUCGAUCUGCUCGAACACAACCCUGUCGACAACAUGUUAUGCAGCACGCGCCGGCACAUACAACCAGAGUGAAUCAACCACGGCGUUGGCCUUGAAUCAGAGCGCGUGGGAGACAUCUUAUUGGAACGUACAAGGAGGAAGUAUACAGGGUUUCGUUAGUGACCAGGUCGAUGUUGGCGCUGUUGUCCCAAACGUCAGCCUCACGGCGGUCUAUCAAACAUACCAGACCUACCCCAAUGGCAAGGAUUAUCCGGUCCCGGUUGGAAACCUAGCGAUUGGUGGGCCGCGUUUAAAAGAUAUGGCCUCAGGGUUAAGUCUCAACAUGAUCGCAGCGGGGCUAUACACCUCUGAAGGAGACAACCGCAUUCCAUCUUACUCGUACGGACUGCACAUCGGGUCUGUAGAGCCAGCUAUUCCAGGGUCUCUGGUGUUGGGCGGAUAUGAUAAGAGUCGAGUUCUUACUGGGGUAAGUUCACAGUCAGUAAGCCUGUCAUCUUAUUCUAGUGGCUUGUGGCAGAUUGUAUUGAAAGAUAUUGGGGUGGGCGUUGCGACAGGAGACUCACCAUUCGACUUUACGAGCAAGACUGGGCUGUUCAUGCAAGGCAACGGCGCCGUACUAGCGAAACCAGUCACGAUUGACCCUACGAAGCCCUAUAUGUAUCUUCCCGAAGCCACCUGUGAUGCGAUCACAUCGCCGUUUCCUGUCUCGUUCGACAAUGGCUUGGGCCUAUACAUCUGGGACACGACCCACAGUAACUAUGCGAAUAUCACGUCCUCCGCGACAUAUAUUUCCUUUAUAUUCAGGAAAGAUGGUCUCAACGAUCAAACGAUUACAGUCAAAGUUCCCCUGAGGCUUCUCACGCUUACGCUGCAAGACCCGCUGGUCGACCGCAACGCAACGUAUUUCCCCUGUUUCCAUUCCACUGAUACCCCGGUUCUCGGUCGCCCUUUUCUACAAGCUGCAUUUGUUGGUGUGAAUUGGUUCCAAGGGAACAACACUGGUACAUGGUUCUUAGGUCAAGCGCCAGGUCCAGGUCUUCCCGAGGCGGAUAUAACAACGAUUAAUAUCGAUGACACCACUCUUGCCGCAUCAGACAACUCUUGGGAAGAGAGUUGGGCUAAACAUUGGUCUCCUUUACCAGAAUCCGGCUCCAAUAGCUCGAAUAGUUCGAAUAGCUCCAUCAGCUCCACCGGUGGUCUUUCCACAGGGACAAAAGCCGGGAUUGGAGUUGGAGUUGGAGUCGCAGGAGUUCUUCUCAUUGCUGGGGGGGUAUGGGUCGCGAUGAUACGGCGACGUCGCGACCGUAAGCCCGUUGCUGUGGAGGAAAGGAGGGUCCAAUUUCGAGGAUUCGCUGAAUUACCUGUUUCGACGAAACAGGAUGGGUAUCCAAGAGAAUUGGACACAAAAGACAAUGUGCAGCCGCAAGAACUGGUGGGCGCUCACCAACCACGGCAUGAGCUAGAGUGAGCCGUUAUCUGUAUUUGUAACUCCUAUGGGGCAUCCCAUUCUUAAUGACCGUUGUUUUAAUUGUGAUGUUGUAUGCAAUACAGCUCAUGUUAUAUGACUAUGAACAGCUAGCCUUGGACGCAACAGAGAUAAAACCACAAAUUAGAGGUGCAACGUAAGUGCCACUUGCCAGAGAUAAUGAAUAGAGAGUCAUGUGGGUGCCACAUUCGUGCGUGAAAUACUGCAAUAUUGUCAACUAGUAUAC